GUCUUAACGGCUGUGACACAGACAGGGGAUUCGCUGUCAAGAGGGUGGAUGCCUAGAGAUGGAAAUGACCUAGAGGCCUUACAGAUACAUUUGUGCUUUUGUCGCUCUAAUCUGCAUCCGCGGAGAGCAGCGAGAUCUGGGAGCACACUUGUUUUCGCAGUGAGUAAUAUCUACCUCAGCCAGCAUACAGGGGAGAAACCAGGAAGCUGCUGGAGACUUCAGACAGACGGAGCUAUCAGCUGGCCAUUCGCUCACUGCCUGCAGAGUUCUGCUUUGUGAAGAGGAUUUGAGACGGACUGGAUCUGUCUGCCCUUCACCUCCCACAGCUCCUCUACCAGCUAGUGUACAAGAAACCACAUCCUCUGAUUCCAGCAUUUACUUACUUGUUGUGUUAUAUAUUUUUUUUUUAUUAGUCAUUUUUCCUCUGUGCUGUUGACCAGUGUCUGAUUUUCCUUGGAUUCGUGUUUGCUUUCAGCUUUUAAAAGGAUUUUCUAUUUUAUUAGUGCAGGCUGGUAUAGGUUUAUAUAUGUAAAUACAUAUGUGUAUAUACUCUAUAUAUAGAUAUACUGUAUGAAGAAGGAUUUUUUUUUCUCGCCAUGAAGGAAAGUUAAUGCACUUUAAAACUUGGCUGUAGUGUCACUUUAAGUAAAUUAAGGAGUGUUUUUGACUUUUCCUCCCCUAUUAUGAUAAUUUAGUUUGGAGCUGGAAACAGAGAAUCUGGAGGUGUGUCUGUGCUGUUUCAUAAGCUGGGCCUGACGUAUCUGCAGCAGGGCUGCAUGCAAGCAUUUCACCCAGCUUGCCAGUCACUCUUUUGAUCGCCCUCCGACCUCUCCCAGUUCUGUCCUGCCUCUCUACAAGGCAUACUGAGAUGAGCCUCUGGCAGUGCGCAGGAAAGUAAAAUGGACUACAAGCGUCGCUUUUUGCUCGGCGGGUCCAAGCAGAAAGUGCAACAGCACCAGCAGUACCAGAUGCCUGAGCUGAGCCGGUCCUUGAGCGCCUCCCUGGCCUCCUCUUGCUCUGCCUCUUCGCCCAUGGGCACCGGGGUUGGCAUGCCCGGCAGCUGCCACCCACCUCCUUCCGGCACCACCACCACCACCGCAGUUGCAGACAUCCAGCAAGGCAUCUCCAAAUAUUUGGACGCCCUCAAUGUGUUCUGCCGGGCCAGCGCCUUCCUCACAGACCUGUUCAGCAGUGUGUUCAGGAACUCUCACUAUUCCAAAGCAGCUAUGCAACUGAAGGACGUGCAGGAACACGUUAUGGAGGCGGCCAGCAGGCUGACUGCAGCAAUAAAGCCUGAAAUCGCCAAGAUGUUGAUGGAGCUGAGUGCCGGGGCCGCCAACUUCAAAGACCAGAACGACUUCAGCCUGCAGGAUGUUGAGGUGCUGGGUCGGUGCUUCCUCACGGUGAUGCAGGUCCAUUUCCAGUUUCUAUCACAGGCUUUGCAGAAAGUCCAGCCCGUGGCCCAGUCCUGCCUGGCAGAGGCUCUUGCCCAGGCCCAGGAGCGUUGCACCAACACCCGCUCCCAAAGCUCCGACCUCAGGCCCCUCACAGAGCUGGAGGAAGCCUCCCGCUCAUGGAAAGGUGCUGCUCAGGCCAUGGCGAGGCUGAGAGAGAGGGGCCGGGACGGCUGCCUGGCAGGCAUCCAGGUUCAGCAGCUCUUCUGCUCCAACAACACCACCAUCCCUGAGCACCAGCUGAAAGAGCUCAACAUGAAGAUUGACAAUGCUUUACAGGCCUACAAAGCUGCACUAGAAAGCCUUGGCCAUAGUGAGUACGCACUGAAGGCUGGCUUUCAUCUUAACCCCAAAUGUGUGGAGGCAGCCUUACAGAGCUGCUGCAGUGAGGCAGAGGCCCAGCAGGCGGGCAGGAUGCAGACCACCUCCCAGCCCAUCCAGUGCGAGCUGCCCACCAUCCCUGUACAGAUCGGCUCACAUUUCCUCAAAGGAGUGUCCUUUAACGAGUCAGCGGCUGAAAACCUUAAACUGAAAACGCACACAAUGCUGCAGCUCAUUAAGGAGGCACUGGGCCAGAACGGAGUGACCCCCAGGGAUGACUCUCCCGUCACCGAGGUCCUCAACCAAGUGUGCCCAUCCAGUUGGAGAGGAGCCUGCAAGACAGCUGUCCAGCUGCUGUUUGCACAGGCUGGUCUGGUGGUUGUUGAUACAGCUCAGAUUGAGAACAAGGAGGCCUAUGCUCCCCAAAUCACUCUCGAGGGUUCCAAAGUGGUGGUCCAGGUUCCCUCUACAUGGUGUCUGAAGGAGGACCCAGCCACUAUGUCCUUGCUCCAGCGGAGCUUGGAUCCGGAGAAGACACUUGGUCUAGUAGACGUGCUCUACACAGCAGUGUUUGACAUCAACAGGUGGAAGGAGAGAAAAGAGCAAGCCUUGCCCACUAUUCAGAUGCAGCUCCAGCGGGAGAGCCCAGACUAUAGUGGCCAGGCUGACCUGCCUCUAGGCACCAGCUCCAAGACCUCCAGUGGAUUGCCCAAAACGAUAUCCAAGCUGACUUCCAAGUUCACCAAGAAGGUCUCGUCCAGCUCAAAUAGUGGGGGCAGUUACUCCAUCCCUAGCACCCCGUCUCGCAGCAUGCUCACAACCAGUAGCUCUGAGGAUAAGGCCAAGAGCCUGGGCCACAGCGACGGGAGGCUACAGGGCAUCUUGCAGGUGAGCAGCCUGUCCUGCACCCCCGACUCUACCCAGCAAAGCCAGCUGCCCAACGGCUUGGUGUCCGAGGACCAGGGGAUGAACCUGCCGACUGACCAAGAGAUGCAGGAUGUCAUCGACUUUCUCUCAGGAUUCAACAUGGGAAAAUCCCAGCAGGCUUCGCCCCUGGUCAAGAGGAGGAACUCCGUGGCAUCUGCAAACCCCGCUGACCUGAAGCCCCCGAGCGGACCUCCGCCAACCUCCCAGUCUAUCUCUCACAGUGCCCUACAGCCCCAAGCUCAGACCCUGCCCCAGCCUCCACCAUCAGUGCAGAAGCAGCAGUCACAACCACAGCCACCUCCUCCACAGCAACAGCAGCAGCAGCAGCCCCCUCCUCAGCAGCCCUCCCCACAGGCCCUGCAGUACUACCAGCACCUCCUUCAGCCAAUCAGUCAGCAGCAGCCACCUCCUCCUCAGCAGACCCCGCCUCAGGUCCUUUCACAGCAAAGAGUGGCAAGCAAGUGGCUCGGCACCUCCGGGCAACAGCCUCAACCGCAAGGCCCCCCGGCAGGACUGUCACCCCUGGGUCCAAUCGGGCAGUGGGGCUCUCCUGGACUGCCGGAUCUGAGCUCGGAUCUGUACAGUCUGGGCCUGGUCAGCACCUACAUGGACAGUGUCAUGUCAGAAAUGUUGGGUCAGAAGCCGCAGGGGCCCCGCAACAACACUUGGCCCAACAGGGACCAGAGUGAAGGAGUGUUUGGAGUCCUGGGAGACACGCUGCCCUUCGACCCAGCAGUUGGCUCUGAUCCGGAGUUUGCUCGUUACGUUGCUGGUGUCAGUCAGGCCAUGCAACAGAAACGGCAGGUGCAGCACGUCCGUCGCCCUAGCAACCCGCGCAGCAACUGGCCAAUGCCCGAAGAGCAGCACAGGACCUGGUCCCACCCAGAGUACUACAGUGAGGGGGAGGCCGUAAACAGCAGCUGGUCAGCCAAUCAGGGCGACUCGGCCAGCUCCAGCGAUGAGACUUCUUCGGCCAACGGUGACAGUCUGUUCUCCAUGUUUUCUGGGCCGGACCUCGUAGCGGCAGUUAAACAAAGGCGAAAACACAGCUGUGGUGAGCCAGAGGUGUGCACCCUGCCCUCACCACCACUCCAUCACAUGUGCGAUGAUAACCAGGACAGCAAAACUAAAACCUGGCCUCCCAAAGCGCCGUGGCAGCACUCCACCCACACAAACACCAUGCCCAAUCCCAGCUCUUCCUUGUACCAGAUGAACAUCCCCCCUUCCUCCCAGUGGAGCGACUCCAUGCAGAUCCUGCAGUCUCCUGUGUGGUCCACGGCCAGCGACUGCUCCCCUUCCACUGGCAUCUCCUCUGGUUUUCCCUUCACCCAGCAGCAGCAGCAGCAGCAGCAGCAACAGCAACACAAACCCAUGACCAAGGGCUUUAAAUCCUUCCCCCUCAAACAUGAGCACAGGCCCUCCUACCUUCACCAGUACUGAUCAGUCUAAUGUCGAGCGAGUCCACGGUGAAGUGCCACCGAGAGCCUGUAGCUCUGUGACAUGAGCCACUGAGUGGGCCGAGCUGCAGCCAUUACAGUCCACACCCACUGAAUUGGAAGAUUUCAAAGCCUCAGAGGCAAAAAGAGGCAAAAUUAAGUACACACUGGCUCAACAUUUUUGUAUCUAUAUUUUUCCAUGUCAAACAUCCCCAUUUGAAAAGGAGACGUAUUUUGGAAGUUUUUUUUUUUUUUUUAA